UACCUAAAAUAACUGACCAAGAAACACAGGUUCAUUCCUUUGGAAAAACCAUGCAGAAUGAACUGUUUAAAUCCUAGCAAGUGCCAUUAAAAAGAAAAUUGUAGAAGCUGCCCAUUCCGCAAAAUACCUUUCAAUAGCACUGCAGAUGCCUGGGGCCGAGCCCCGCCCUCUGUUUUCCAGGCAGACGUUUAAAACUCCAAUCCCCCAAAGCAGGUACCAACAGGCCUGGUGCUCUCCUUCGCCCGGCGCUGGGGAGGAUGACUCAGGCGGAGGCACUUGUUUCCGGUCCGCAGGGAGAGGAGCGGAGCCAGGUUGGAGGCACGCAGCUCGGGACUGCAGCGGUCGGCAGAGCUCGGAGCGGUGCACCGCCGCAAUGCGCCUUGCGGGCUGGCUGCUGAUGGCGCUGUUCUCAGUGGGGAUUGUUUCUGCAUGUCAAUCCACUGGUCUUGCACCAACAGGAGGCAGAGUGGUUGGUGCUGUAGGCUGCACUCUGGUGCUCCCUGGACCAGAUCACACUGACACCACUGGGGUUGUACGGUGGGAGUAUAAACAAAAUGAAAAUGACACUGAACUGGCUGUUGUACUCUAUUAUUUGGCAUCACAAGAACCGGACAUCUUACCAGAGUAUAAGGAUCGUGUUUCAUUUAACAUGUCCAACUGGUCCCUGGGACUGAAAUUGCAACUGGCAGAUCGAGGCCUGUACAGAUUAAGGAGACAGGAGGAGGAGAAAAGUGGCAAAUGGAUCCAGCUGGAGGUUAUAGAGCCCUUAUCCAAGCCAAAACUCUUUAGGAACUCUUCCUUGGCAGGCUCCACCAUUGAAAUGGUCUGUAACGUGACAGUAGGUAGGGUGGAUUCCUAUCAGUGGAGAAAGGACCAUAAGCCUCUCCCAAAGUAUGGUCACUACCAACUCUCUUGGAAUAACAGUGUACUUCUCAUACUGAACGCAACACAGGCUGAUAGUGGCAGUUACUCGUGCAAAGUUCUCAACGAAGUUAGUGAGAAUGAAACCUCUCUGGAAUUGACCAUCAACGAUUCUUCAGCUGUGGUUUCAAACGGAGUCAUUUUGGGAGUUGCUGUCAUAACUGCUGUUGUAAUUCUAGUAAUAGCAGAUGGGAACUUGUACAGUGAAUAAAAACUCUGCCAUGACUUCAUCUGGAUGAACAAUCCCAAAUUGCAAAAGACAUAAUGGAACAGAAGGGAAUUAUGCGGUUUUCUUCUGCCCAGCAACAACCACUUCACAAGGCUUAAGACAGUCAUCAGACCUCAUACAAAUCAGUGUUCUAUGUCAGAAAAUGCAUCUGAAAUCAUCCAUCUUGUGGGGUUUGGUUCUUUGAUACGGAGUUGCCAAUUCCCGUCCAUGAACUAUACUAGCCCUCAGAACUAUUUUGGAAAAUGCCUGCCCAGGAAACGGGGAGGAGAGAGCUGCAACUGCACAACGGCAUCUGAAAAUUAUAACUUUAACAUUUUAAGUUAUGUAGAAACAUAUUGAGUCUAAAUUUAAAUAAGCAAGCAACAAAAUGCGCAAAACAAUAGACCUAUAACGUAGAGUGUUUAAAGGACAGGUUGUUUCCUAUAGAAUAGGGAUGUCAAACUCAUAUUGGGGGGGAGGGUUAAAGUUGUGGUCUAUGAAGCAGGGUAUAAAUACAGAUCUCUAUGCAGUACUUCUCUGGAUCCAUAGUAGGCGCUUCCCUUAUGUUAAUAGUUAGUCUGCCUAAAGGACAAAGAUAAAUAUGGCUUUUAGUAAACACCAGUGUUUUAUUGUUAAUUCACUCUGUAGAAAAAUAUGCUAACUUUUCAGACCAUGACUAUUUUUGCCUGUGUUUCUCCUCCUUCCCUUGUCUUUAUGGCUGGUUUACAUGGAAAAAUUGACUAGAACAACAUAAGGGAGAAAGGAGUCCAGGAGAGCUGGCUGUAUUUUAAAGAAUC